CUGCUUCCGGGGGAACGCCGGCAUCCCUUUACCGGUUCCCAGAGGAACUGUGGGAGGCAAGUCUCUUCGGGCCGGGUGCUUCUUGCACCUCGGGGCUAGACAGCGCAGCGGCUACUUGAAAGCUUCCAGCAGUCGCCGCUGCGAGCGCGGGCCUCAGAUCUGCACCGGAGCCCGGGAGGCAACUGCUGCGAUGGCGGCCCCUGCGCAGCCCAAGAAAAUCGUGGCCCCCACGGUGUCCCAGAUCAACGCCGAGUUCGUCACCCAGUUAGCAUGUAAAUACUGGGCUCCUCACAUCAAGAAGAAAUCACCUUUUGAUAUAAAAGUAAUUGAAGAAAUAUAUGAAAAAGAGAUCGUCAAAUCAAGGUUUGCCAUCCGAAAAAUAAUGCUGCUGGAAUUUAGCCAAUAUCUUGAAAAUUAUCUCUGGAUGAAUUAUUCUCCAGAAGUUUCCAGCAAGGCCUAUUUAAUGUCCAUCUGCUGUAUGGUGAAUGAGAAGUUCAGAGAAAAUGUCCCAGCCUGGGAGACCUUUAAGAAGAAGCCAGACCACUUCCCGUUCUUUUUUAAAUGCAUCUUGAAAGCCGCAUUAGCUGAGACUGAUGGCGAGUUCUCCCUCCAUGAGCAGACCGUCCUCCUGCUUUUCCUGGAUCAUUGCUUCAAUAGCUUGGAAGUAGACUUGAUAAGGAGUCAAGUACAGCAGCUUAUCUCCCUCCCUAUGUGGAUGGGCUUGCAGCCUGCACGAUUGGAAUUAGAAUUGAAAAAGACACCGAAGUUAAGAAAAUUCUGGAACUUGAUUAAAAAGAAUGACGAGAAGAUGGACCCAGAAGCAAGAGAGCAGGCCUACAAAGAAAGAAGGUUUCUUUCCCAGCUCAUCCAGAAAUUUAUUUCCGUGCUGAAGUCCAUCCCACUUUCUGAGCCUGUCACUAUGGACAAAGUUCAUUACUGUGAAAGAUUCAUCGAACUUAUGAUUGAUCUAGAGGCUCUGCUCCCCACGAGGCGCUGGUUUAAUACCAUCCUGGAUGACUCCCACCUUUUGGUUCACUGUUACCUUUCCAGUCUUGUUCACAGAGAAGAGGAUGGCCAUCUGUUUUCCCAACUUUUAGACAUGCUUAAGUUCUACACUGGCUUUGAAAUUAACGACCAGACUGGAAAUGCUCUGACAGAGAAUGAGAUGACCACAAUUCACUAUGACAGAAUUACAUCUCUACAGAGAGCUGCUUUUGCACAUUUCCCCGAACUCUAUGACUUCUCUCUUUCCAAUGUGGCAGAAGUAGAUGCCCGGGAUUCCUUGGUCAAGUUUUUUGGCCCUCUCAGUUCAAACACCCUCCACCAGGUGGCAUCAUACCUCUGCCUCUUGCCAACGCUCCCUAAAAAUGAAGACACAACUUUCGAAAAAGAAUUUCUUCUAGAAUUGCUGGUAUCUCGCCAUGAACGUCGUAUCUCUCAAAUUCAGCAAUUGAAUCAGAUGCCUCUGUAUCCAACUGAGAAAAUUAUAUGGGAUGAAAACAUCGUCCCAACUGAGUACUAUUCUGGGGAAGGCUGUCUUGCUCUUCCCAAGUUGAAUUUGCAGUUUCUAACUCUACAUGACUACCUCCUGAGGAACUUUAAUCUCUUCCGCUUAGAAUCAACUUAUGAAAUUAGACAAGACAUCGAGGAUAGUGUCAGCAGAAUGAAGCCGUGGCAGUCUGAGUAUGGUGGUGUGGUAUUCGGUGGUUGGGCACGAAUGGCUCAGCCCAUUGUGGCUUUUACUGUAGUCGAGGUUGCCAAACCCAACAUUGGUGAAAACUGGCCGACCCGAGUUCGUGCAGAUGUCACCAUCAAUCUGAAUGUCAGAGACCACAUCAAGGAUGAAUGGGAAGGUCUUCGCAAACACGAUGUAUGCUUCUUAAUUACUGUGCGUCCCACAAAACCUUAUGGUACUAAGUUUGACAGGAGGCGACCUUUUAUUGAGCAAGUUGGCUUGGUGUAUGUCAGAGGCUGUGAAAUCCAGGGCAUGCUGGAUGACAAAGGGCGAGUCAUCGAAGAUGGACCUGAACCCAGACCCAAUCUUAGAGGAGAGUCAAGGACAUUUCGAGUGUUUUUGGAUCCAAACCAGUAUCAACAGGAUAUGACCAAUACUAUACAAAAUGGAGCUGAAGAUGUAUAUGACACUUUCAAUGUCAUAAUGAGGAGGAAACCAAAGGAGAAUAACUUUAAGGCUGUGUUGGAGACUAUUCGGAAUCUGAUGAAUACCGACUGCGUGGUACCGGACUGGCUGCAUGACAUCAUUUUAGGUUAUGGGGACCCAAGUAGUGCCCAUUAUUCAAAAAUGCCCAAUCAGAUUGCUACCCUGGAUUUCAAUGAUACCUUUCUCUCCAUUGAACAUUUAAAAGCCAGCUUUCCUGGUCAUAAUGUCAAAGUGACUGUGAAUGACCCAGCCCUACAAAUACCCCCUUUCAGAAUAACUUUCCCAGUAAGAAGUGGAAAAGGGAAGAAGAGGAAAGAUGCCGAUGGGGAGGAAGACGACACCGAAGAAGCAAAGACCUUAAUUGUAGAACCUCAUGUUAUUCCUAACAGAGGCCCUUAUCCUUACAACCAACCCAAACGUAAUACAAUUCAGUUCACUCAUACACAGAUAGAGGCCAUCCGGGCUGGGAUGCAGCCUGGACUGACUAUGGUUGUGGGCCCACCUGGUACAGGAAAAACAGAUGUUGCAGUCCAGAUCAUAUCCAACAUAUACCACAAUUUUCCAGAACAGAGAACUUUAAUUGUUACUCAUUCGAAUCAGGCUCUAAACCAGUUGUUUGAAAAAAUCAUGGCUUUAGACAUAGAUGAACGCCACCUCCUGCGUCUGGGUCAUGGAGAAGAAGAGCUAGAGACAGAGAAAGAUUUUAGCAGGUAUGGAAGAGUUAAUUAUGUCCUGGCUCGAAGGAUAGAGCUUUUAGAAGAAGUCAAACGAUUACAGAAGAGUCUGGGGGUUCCGGGAGAUGCUUCAUAUACCUGUGAAACUGCAGGCUAUUUCUUCUUAUACCAGGUGAUGUCACGUUGGGAAGAAUACAUCAGUAGAGUUAAAAACACAGGGAGCAGCUCACCAGACGCUGCAGAAGUCGCCACAUUCUUCCCAUUCCAUGAGUACUUUGCCAAUGCUCCUCAGCCCAUCUUUAAAGGCAGAUCUUAUGAAGAAGACAUGGAAGUUGCUGAAGGGUGCUUCAGGCAUAUUAAGAAAAUUUUCACUCAGCUUGAAGAAUUCAGAGCCUCAGAACUGCUUCGCAGUGGGCUGGACAGAUCUAAAUACCUUUUGGUGAAGGAAGCCAAAAUCAUUGCUAUGACCUGUACUCAUGCUGCCUUGAAACGACAUGACUUGGUGAAGUUGGGUUUCAAGUAUGACAACAUUUUAAUGGAAGAGGCUGCUCAGAUUCUGGAGAUAGAAACUUUUAUACCUCUUCUUCUACAGAAUCCUCAAGAUGGAUUCAGCCGAUUGAAACGAUGGAUUAUGAUUGGUGAUCACCACCAGUUACCUCCAGUCAUUAAGAACAUGGCCUUUCAGAAGUAUUCAAAUAUGGAGCAAUCUCUUUUCACUCGCUUUGUCCGGGUUGGGGUUCCUACUGUGGACCUCGAUGCUCAAGGGAGAGCCAGGGCAAGCUUGUGUAACCUCUACAACUGGCGCUACAAGAACUUAGGCAACUUGCCCCAUGUGCAGCUUCUGCCAGAGUUCAGCACAGCCAAUGCUGGCCUGCUCUAUGACUUCCAGCUCAUCAAUGUGGAAGACUUUCAGGGAGUGGGAGAAUCGGAACCUAACCCUUACUUCUAUCAGAACCUUGGAGAAGCAGAGUAUGUAGUAGCACUCUUCAUGUACAUGUGCUUGCUUGGUUACCCUGCAGACAAGAUCAGUAUUCUAACAACAUACAAUGGACAAAAGCACCUGAUUCGGGACAUCAUCAAUAGACGAUGUGGGAAUAAUCCAUUGAUCGGAAGGCCAAACAAGGUGACAACUGUUGAUAGAUUCCAAGGUCAACAGAAUGAUUACAUCCUCCUUUCUCUAGUGCGGACCAGGGCUGUGGGCCAUUUGAGGGAUGUCCGUCGCUUGGUGGUAGCCAUGUCAAGGGCCAGGCUUGGCCUUUAUAUCUUCGCUAGAGUAUCCCUAUUCCAGAAUUGUUUUGAGCUGACUCCUGCUUUCAGUCAGCUCACUGCUCGUCCGCUGCAUUUGCAUAUCAUUCCAACAGAGCCUUUCCCAACCUCCAGAAAGAAUGGAGAGAGACCACCUCAUGAAAUACAGGUAAUAAAGAAUAUGCCCCAGAUGGCGAACUUUGUGUACAAUAUGUACAUGCAUUUGAUACAGACUACCCAUCAUUAUCAUCAGACUUUCUUACAACUACCACCUGCAAUGGUGGAAGAAGGUGAGGAAGCUCAGAGUCAAGAAACAGAAAUGGAAGCAGAAGAAGAAACCAUGGCUGCUCAAGCUAACCUCAUCCCCAGUCCAUCAGAAGCCAGCUUGAGUCAAGAGUCCCCAGCCUCUCAGCCUGCGUGCUCCAGUCAGACUGAGGCAGCCUCCAUUGAGAUGGAAGAUGUCUCUGCCCAGGGUGAUACUGCUUUUGCAGCCGAGCCUGCCUCUGCAGCAGCAGAAGCUGCCACCCUAGCAGAUGCUGCUUCCGUCCCUGCAGAAACCAAAUAGCCUAACCGAAGCCUUUCCCGGGACAUUCCAUUUAUAAAGUCUGCACAAAGUUACCUUUUGUAUUUCACACUUGCUAUAUGACUUAAUGACACCAACUAAUGUUCUGUCCUUAUUUUUAUUUACUGGUUUCCUUGUUUUGUAUAUUUUUUAUUUGUAAAUAAUAUAAACAAAUCCAGUUUUCAUUUGUUCAUUCAUAAGAGAAAAUAAUGAUUGCUGAAUGUAUCUGUAAUAAUACUUGCAUUAAAAUAGUUUUCUAUGGAA